AUGACAUCCUUGAUCUUCGGCUCAAUAUGGCUGGGCCACAAAGGCCUAGUCAAGUACAAACGGGAUAAGCAGCGGCAGAAAAACUAUGAGCGCUGGGAAGGCCUGCGCGACGAUUAUGACGAGCAGAGGAAGAUCACCCGGGAGGCCAAGUCACUGGAGAUCCAACGCACCGGGGCCAGCUACGUGGAUCCGGACGCCGACCGACCGAUCCUCACGCUCCGAGACCAACAAGAGGCCAACGAUGCUCGCACCAGCUGGCGUCCUCAGGAAGCUUGGGAUGGACCCAUCUCCCCCGUGGCCCAACGGACCAGCGUCGAAGUCAUUGCAGGAUCCGGCCUGAGGCCGGUGGUCAGGCACAAAACCGGAUCGACGUGGGACGAGGAUCUGCCGCAACCUCUCCGCGUCAGCCGACGGACCUUCGAUGGCCAACAGACCCCCAACAUGAGUGCGGACGUGAGCAGGAGCGGAAGUGUCAGGACCGCCAGCAACAACAACGCCGCCGCCGCCGCCAGUGGAAUGUAUUCGCCGGGAGACCGGAGCAGAAGCAACACGCCGUCCCUGUCUCAGAGGACCUCACCUCGCCCGAACUCGGUGUUGCCGACCAGCAGCAACGUACGCUCUCAUUCCAGAAGUGUGAGCGUGCCCACAAAUCUGCUGCUGGAGAGCAUCGAGCCGCUCGAGAGUACGAUUCCGGGCGGGAAAAUGGCCGAGCUGAUCGAACUGGGCAAUUCGCGACAACAACAACAACAACAACAACAACAACCCUCGCCGUUCAACAGUCCACCUCUGCAACCGUACAACAACCCGCCACCUCCACCACAGCAACUACAACCGUUGUAUACCAGCUAUCAGACCAGCAACCCUUUCAUGACCCAGCAAAACACGAUUGCACCACAACAACCCCUGCCUCAGCCGCUGGUUCAGUCUGUCAGUCAGCAGCAGCAGCCUCCUCAACCUCUCCCUCUCUCGCCCACUUUCCCACCGUCCAACUCCCAAACAAUGUCUCCCACUUUCCCGCCUCCCAUGUCUCCACCCAUGCUGCCAACUGGCUAUCCAGCACCUAUAUCGCAACCGCAACCGCAACCGCAAGCCAAUUCUCAACCUUUCGGCACUGGUCCUGCCCAGCCUGUCGCACAGGGCAUGGAAGAAUGGUGGAACCGUCCGUGA